CCAGCAACACGGGUACCUGCAUGACACAGUUUCACUUUCAGAUACAUAAUGCUAUAAUAACUUCGAAUGGUUGGUUACAGUAGGUAACACAACACAACAUAUCUCCAGGUAACCCUGCGGUUAACGGGUUUUCCUUCGACUGGAAAGCUGGCUUUGAAUUUUAAACGCAGGUCCAAUCUUGAAGGGACAGUUUGAAGAGAAAAAUCAGGAAACAAGAGGAAUAAUACAAGACUAGCUACAACAGAAAAGUGUAGCAUAAUUACAGCAUCGUGCAUGAGAGCCCGGGAUGUGGCUGGUGAGCUCCUGCGCUGGAACAGCUAGUCGGCAGGCAGGCUGGUGAGAUGGAGAGAGCCCUGAGUGGGAGUGUGGACUCCAGGGCUUCCCUGCACACUGUCAGCUCCAUUAAUGCAGCGCAGCUCGCAGCCAGACUCGAGUCCUAUGAAUCCGGGGAAAAGAAAUCCAUAUCUGAUGUCAGACGGACUUUUUGCCUAUUUGUUACCUUUGAUCUUCUGUUCAUUACCUUGCUGUGGAUCAUUGAACUGAAUGUAGAUGGAGGCAUUGAAAAACAGUUAAGCAAGGAAGUUCUUUAUUAUGAUUACCAUUCCUCCUUCUUUGACAUAUUUGUACUAGCAGUUUUUCGAUUUACUCUAUUGAUACUUGCUUAUGCAGUGUGCAAGCUGAGACAUUGGUGGGCUAUAGCGAUAACAACAGCAGUUACCAGUGCCUUUUUAAUAGUUAAAGUCAUCAUCUCCAAGCUGCUUACCCAAGGUGCUUUUGGCUACCUGCUGCCUAUUAUGUCCUUCGUACUAGCAUGGAUAGAGACCUGGUUUUUGGACUUCAAAGUAUUGCCACAAGAGACGGAGGAUGAAAACAGGUUCCAGUCAGUUCCGGAUGCCUCAGAGAGGGCGGUGCUUAUUCAACCAGGCCCUCUGUCUGAUGGACAGUUCUACUCACCUCCAGAGUCCGUAGCAGACUCAGAUGAGGAAACAGAAGAAAAGCAGGAUCACGAGAAGCCGGUUCUUUAGCGGUGUUUCCUCGAAGAACAAUGUGUGGUGCAUCAAGACAUGAGACCAUUACAACCUUAAUCUGCUCUGUGAUCCAGUCACCAGUGGCACUGAAACAUUUCUUUACUGAACAAACUGGAACUGGUGUGGAUGUUGACUCAAUGAGUGGAAGCUACAAGAGCCUUCUUUUGCCUUAGAACUGCUAAGAGCACUGCUAGUCCUGUCCAUUUUCACUGUACUAACUCUCACAAUGCAAUCAGAUGGUUCAGAUAUACAGCUAACUUAUACCAUUCAUUGUUAAUAGUUAUUUGUUGAGAAAACUUGUACCUUUUAAAGUAACUCGCUGUGCUCGGUACAGUUUAUAAUGAAGAAGUGGUUUCCUCUUAAUUUAUUUUUGUGAAGGUUACAGCACAGUCGUGACCACUGUGAUGAUUUUUUUUUUUCCUGAGUGUGUGUGUAUAUUUUACUUUUAGGAAUGACUUGUUUUAAUGAACAGCAACAAAACUAAACGCCUAUUAUACAAACACAUGUUCCGGCAUAUAUUUUAACUUUAAUUAAUUAAUACACUGAAGUUCCAAUGCGUAAUUUGAAUUGAAAUGAGUAGCUGAAUAACACAACUGUGCUUUUGCGUUAAUUUUAGAAAUUUUGCCUUCUAUGUAGUACUUUUUAUGUGCAGCUGACACUCAUUUCUACUGAUUCAAAAACAACAUUUCACCAGGACUCAUUUCACCAGGACUCAUUUCACCAGGACUCAUUUCACCAGGACUCAUUUCACCAGGACUCUAUUAAAGAAUUGCUAUGAUUAAAAAAAAUACGCUCAUUUAAUUUUCUUUGAAAUCUGGUAUUGGAAAACAUCACAGGGCUUUCUACUUAAUAGUAUAAAAUUGUCAUAAAUACCAGUUUAGAAAUAUUAUCUUGUAAUAAAUGUAAAUUACAAUAAUGUAUCUGAUUACAAUGUAUAUGAAAGGUAUGCUUAUGUGUAAAUAUAAGUGCAGUAUUGUUUUUAUAUGAAGUACAAUGGAAAAUAUACAUAAAGCUUAAAAAAAGGAACUCCAAUUAUCGCAUGAAUGUAUGCCCUGUACCAAUCCCAGAUCCACGGUAGUGAUUUAAUAAUAAUAAUAAAAUAAAAUAUCUUCCUGUCAAAAUAUUGU